UUGCUUUCCCUUUCUCCGAUCCCUUUCCCUGCUGCGAGUGUGAGAUGGACUCGGGGUCCUGUCGUUCAUAUACCCAUUAACGACGAAGAAGACAGCAGCAGCGUGAUACUAGACAGGCUGAGGCUGAAGAGAUCGCGAGUGGAAAUCCAACCUUGCGGCGACAUGGAUGAUCCAGAGCUUGAAGCUAUUAGGCAACGAAGAAUGCAAGAGUUAAUGGCUAAACAUGGCUCUGGUAAUCAACAAAAUGGUGAGCAACAGAAUGCACAAGAGGAAGCAAAAAGGGAUGCAGAGGAACGUAGGCAGUUGAUGCUGAGCCAGAUAUUGUCAACUCAGGCAAGAGAGAGGCUUGCUCGGAUUGCUUUAGUGAAACCUGAUAAAGCAAGAGGGGUGGAGGAUGUUCUACUAAGAGCAGCUCAAAUGGGACAAGUAUCUGAGAAGGUAUCUGAAGAAAGGCUUAUUUCACUUCUGGAGCAGAUUAACAGCCAAACAAGUAAACAGACAAAAGUAACCAUUCAGAGGCGUCGAAGUGUGCUCGAAGACGAUGACUAGCCGGAUCGUCCACUGAGAUGGUUGUGAGAAUUCAGCAAUGUAGUGCAUAGUUCAGUUUGAAACUCCCCAAGACUAGCAGUUGCUGUUCUAGACGGGUUUAUUGGUGUGAAUCGAUCAUAUACUAUGAGAUUGAAACGUGCUUUUAUACCUUAUAUUAUUUGUUAGUGUGAUAUUUUCAA